AUGGGGAAAGCAUUGAACAAUGAAUUAAAAAGAAAAUUUGUUCUUAUUGACAUUGAUAGUUCAGAUGAUGAAUUCGAUUAUGAAUUUAUUAAUCGUUUACGGGGCAAUAGACACUUUAGGUUGUCACCAACCUCAUUUGAAAGAUGUUUACAAAUUUGUGCUCCCCUUCUAAAGAAAACUUGUGAAGGAGGACGCAAAGGUUCAGAUGAGAGGUUACAACUAUUGUCAGUUAUUUGGUUAUUGGCUACACCAGAUAGUUUUCGAUCAGUUUCUAACAGAUUUGAUGUUGGUAAAAGUUCUCUGCAUGAUAGUUUUGUCCGUGUAACUACUGUUUUACAUAGAUUAUCCCCUACAAUUAUUAAUUGGCCCGAAAUUGAACAAAUUAAUCAAAUUCAACUUAAUUUUGGUAAGAUGUCAAAGACCGGAUUAAAUAAUAUAAUAUGUGUUAUUGAUGGAUCGUAUAUUCUAAUACCUACACCUAAGAAAUCAGCAAAUUCCUAUCUUACUAGAAAAUGUUUUCAUGCAAUAACAUUACAAGGUGUAUGUGAUGAUAAAUUGAGAUUUAUUGAUGCAUUUGCUGGUUAUCCUGGAUCUGUUAGAUAUGUUCCAAGUCAAUAUUUCAUUGCCGCAGAUAAGGCAUAUCCAAUACUCGAAUGGUGCAUUCCACCACAUAUUGAUAGACGUACCCUUUCUGAACAAGAAAAGUUUUUUAAUGUUUCAUUGUCACGUUCUAGGCAGUCCAUUGAAAGAUGCUUUGCACUUUUAAAAGGCCGUUUUAGACGCUUAAAGUAUUUAGAUAUGAAAAAAAUAGAACUGAUUCCACAAACUAUAAUUGCUUGUUGUGUCCUGCAUAAUAUUUGUUUGCAGUUUGAUGAUAAUCAAUGGAUGAAUAAUUUGAUUUCCGAACAACAACCUAAUAUUGAUGAUGAUAAUAUUACUGCUGAGCAAUUAACUUCUUACAUAGAAAAUACCCUCUUUGAAAAUUAUGGAUAA